GGCUGGGAGAAACUCAGGAGCAGGGAAAGACUAAUGAGGGUAAUACAGGACAGGUGUGUAGCUGGGUAAAGGAGGGAAAACAGCACAGUAACACAGGAAGGGAAGAACACAGCAAACUGAAACUCAAAAACCAAGAACACACAAGGUGUAAAUAGGGCUACUGAGUCAAACCAGACAGGCAGAAAUAGGGGGAGGAGGCAGUGGCAGAGGAAGAGGAGUUGGAGGAGGAGGAGUAAAGUAAAAUAAAACAUGAAACAGGAGAAAGGCCAAAUUUUAACACUCUUGUGAGACAAGAGUGUGAGAAAAAACGUUGAGAGUGCUAGCAGGUGAAGUUCAGCAGCAGGGGAGCGUCAUGAGGCGACGGACUCUAAAGUCACUGUGCUUUUUGGUAUUUACUCUCCUCUGUUUGGGAACCCUGCUCACCACUCUCAUCAGGUCCAAGGUUGACAACAACAAUGUGGUGUCCCACAGACCGCCUCGCCACAAGAAAAGCCACCCUCCACCCAUCGAACUCUGUAAACGCUGCAAGAAGGCCAUUGAAAAAGUAAAAGAGAUUUAUCCUAAAACCUGGAAGAAGCAGGAGUACAAUUACCAAAAAUUCAGAUUACAGCUGAGCUCUGAGUGCAAUGGUUUUGACAAGGCCAUCAUUACUCAGGCCAACACUCCGGUGGGAUCCAAGAUUGUGUAUGACGGGGAAAAGAGGAGAUCCCUCAACGUGACAUCAUGGAUUUUCAGCAUCUUCGCAAAGGAGCAUCCUUUUCAAAACAAAACACGGGACACGUGUGCUGUUGUUGGAAAUGGAGGGAUCCUGAGCGACAGCAGCUGUGGAAAGAUGAUCGAUUCAGCUCAGUUUGUUGUCAGGUGCAACUUACCUCCUUUGAAAAACGGCUAUGAGGAAGAUGUGGGCAUCAAGACUGACCUUGUGACAGCAAACCCAACAAUCCUCAAAAAGAAGUAUGGGUCUCUAAAUGGGUAUCGACGACCGUUUGUGGAGAGUCUGCGUACCUACGGCAACUCACUGCUGCUCCUUCCCGCCUUCUCCUUUGGCUUCUCCACUUCUGUGUGCCUACGGACUGCCUACACAACUUCGGACUUUGGAAGCCCCAUACAGUCUGUCUUCUUCAACCCUGCUUACCUCCAGUGUCUAACCCGCUUCUGGCGCGCCCGACGCCUAAGAGAAGCACGGCUCAGCAGCGGACUAAUGAUGGUUAGCCUUGCACUGGAACUCUGUACCAACGUGCAUCUGUACGGGUUCUGGCCCUUUAGCAAUCACCCACAUGGACACUAUGCGCUGACUAACCACUACUAUGAUGACAAAAAAGCUAGUGGAUUCCAUUCAAUGCCGGCUGAGUUUGACCUCUUGUUGCAGCUGCACAGUCAGGGGGUGCUCAGGCUUCAUCUGGGAGACUGCAAAUCAGGUGAAAAGUAGUUCCCAGUACAAGGGUCAGCUGACUGGACAAGAACAAAUUGUUGUAGCCCAUUCACUCAUUUAGUCUUUCACAUACUUUUGCAUUAGAGGUCAACGGAUUCAUCGGUUUGGCCACGAUGUGUUAGAAUAAGCAAAAAGAAGCUUGAUCAGUGGGUACAGCUCUAGAGAAAGCAGGUCUAUGGGUGUUUCAUUUCAUUGGUGGGGACACCAUUUCAGCAGGGUGUCUGGGGAUCCUCCCACAGGAAACUUGAUACUUCAUUUCCAGCAUCCUGGUGAUGUUUUUAUGCAACAAUUUUUGGUGGAAAUGUCUUUAUUUAUGUAAAAUAAAACACAAAAUUCAAGCACCAUAUUGACAAUUGAAAAUAAAAUGGAAUAUAAUGCAGUAAGGCUCUCAGGUA